UUGCCUUAGCGAGUAGCAGAUAUAUCAUUUUUUCUCAUAUUUCGUACUGUGUCGUUGUCUUUAAAAUUGCAAGCGACAGCUGCGACCCCCGAAGAAAAUCAAGGUGGAAGAAAAGAAAAAAGAAGAUAGGAUAAAACAGGUCACGUUGCUCUAGAUCUUUUAGAGAACUUCACAUAUACAUUACCGCAAUAUCAUCAUCCGCACAGAGGCUUAAGCUUGCAAGGAUGGCAAGCACAUGGGAAAGUAAAUAUGGAGAACACACCUACGCGCACCUCGAGAGGGAACCCUACUGGCCUUCUGAAAAGCUAAGAAUUUCCAUAACUGGAGCUGGUGGGUUUAUUGCCUCACAUAUUGCAAGGCGGUUGAAGACCGAGGGUCAUUACAUUAUUGCUUCUGAUUGGAAGAAAAAUGAGCACAUGACAGAGGACAUGUUUUGUCAUGAGUUCCAUCUGGUUGAUCUAAGGGUGAUGGAUGGUUGUUUGAAGGUCACAACUGGAGUUGAUCACGUAUUUAACCUUGCUGCUGAUAUGGGAGGUAUGGGCUUUAUUCAGUCAAACCAUUCAGUCAUUAUGUACAACAACACAAUGAUCAGCUUUAACAUGCUUGAGGCUGCAAGAAUCAACGGAGUUAAGAGGUUCUUUUAUGCCUCAAGCGCUUGCAUUUACCCUGAAUUCAAGCAGUUGGAAAUUAAUGUGAGCUUGAAGGAGUCUGAUGCUUGGCCUGCAGAGCCUCAAGAUGCGUAUGGCUUGGAGAAGCUCAUGACUGAGGAACUGUGCAAGCACUACACGAAGGACUUUGGAAUUGAGUGUCGGAUGGGGCGGUUCCACAACAUAUAUGGACCCUAUGGAACAUGGAAAGGUGGGAGAGAGAAGGCCCCUGCUGCAUUUUGUAGAAAAGCUAUUACUUCCACUGAGAAGUUUGAGAUGUGGGGAGAUGGGCUACAAACCCGGUCUUUCACCUUCAUUGAUGAAUGUGUAGAAGGUGUCCUAAGGUUAACAAAGUCUGACUUCCGUGAGCCAGUUAAUAUUGGGAGCGAUGAGAUGGUUAGCAUGAAUGAAAUGGCUGAGAUAGUCCUCAGCUUUGAGAACAAGGAACUACCCAUCCAUCAUAUUCCUGGCCCAGAAGGUGUGCGUGGUCGAAACUCAGAUAACACUCUGAUCAAGGAGAAGCUUGGUUGGGCCCCUACGAUGAAACUGAAGGAUGGAUUGAGAAUUACAUACUUUUGGAUAAACGAACAAAUAGAGAAAGAGGAGGCUCAAGGUAUUGAUUUGUCAAUUUAUGGGUCAUCAAAAGUAGUGGGAACUCAAGCGCCUGUACAAUUGGGCUCUCUUCGUGCUGCCGAUGGCAAGGAAUGAAGCUGGUUUAGCUGCCCUGGAGGACUCGCAUUAGUACUGCCACUGAAUCAUAUUGGUGAGGAGUAUACGGGUAUGCCUAACUGUUUAGGCCAUAAGCUCUUGCUUGCAUGUCCUCCUGUACAUGUAUUUUAUUCGUAUAGGGGGUGAUUAUAUGCUGGAAUUUUCUUGCUUUUUAGGUAAUGGGCCAUUGCUGUAUGGCAAUAAAUCACCAAGUCCUAAACUUUCUCAACCAUGUUGUACCAACGCAUUAUAUCUUUGAUAAUUUCUGGAAGCAUCAUUGCAAGUCAUCGUUUAGGGAAAGAAACAGUAUGUUGUUCAAAACUGAAUUUAAAAUAUAGCAUUUUGGUUUCUUGUA